CACGGAAGAUUUCCUGUGUUCAAGUAUGACUUUCUCCGCAUGGUCUAAAGGUCUUAUGACCCAGCUCUCUGUCAUCAAAGACAGACAGAAUGGAUGUAGUCGUGUUGUAUAUUUUUAUUCUCGGAUUUGGAGUGAAUCUUACUAUCCAAGAUAAAGAAAUAAAGCAUGUAGUUCCAUAUGAAAAAAGCUGUCACCUUGAUGAAAUAGAAUUCUUUCGUCCAUUCAACUGUUCUGCUGUAGAGGGUGACACUGUCAAACAUCAAGGAUCUUGUAUUAUAGAGGACUUUGGAAACGACAGCUCAGUCAGUGGUAGAUUCAAGGUUUUGACUUGCAAACAUGGUCGCUGGUCUGGAACGCCUAUCUCUGUUGAUAACCUGCAACAUAGACACAAACGAUUUGUUUUUCCGGUUGCCGUAACCCUCUGUGCCUUAUUUUGUGGAGGUGGAGGAGGGGGAGGUACAAAAACUGUUACGAAAUAUCUACCCUCAUUUCAUGGACACUGUAGACCAGCGGAUAUCUCAGAAAAUUAUAAUGUUGCUGCGGGCGAUACCAGCGUUGUCGUUGGCUGGACAACACCAUCAGCAACCGACAGGGACGGGAAAACACCACGUGUUACACAAAUUGGAGGAAUAGUCAAUGGUGGUCGUUUUGAAGGAGCAAUAUCUGGAACGACGUAUAAGAUAACGUAUAAGGCGACAGACAGCGAUGGUCUCAAAGCAUAUUGUUACUUCUCCUUUACUGUCACAAUUUUAACAUGCAAAACAUUACCAUGGCCUGCCAAUGGCGAAAGACGGUGUGAUAACAACAACAACAUACUUGGAACUUCUUGCCAUUACGCUUGUGCCCCUGGUUACCAUCUGACAGGAAGAAGUACAGUGACGUGCGAAAAUAGUGCAACACCGUCAUGGUCUGCCAUACCAACAUGUGAAAAAAUUACGUGUAAAGUUCCGAGCUACCCGGUACAAAGCAUCGUACAAUGUCUAAGGUAUGACUUCCGGUCAGUAUGUUCUAUACAGUGUAGAAAGGGGUAUACAUUGGAAGGACCCAGCUAUAUAAAAUGUCGAAGAGAUGGUACUUGGUCCCAUGCUGGACUCUCUACUUGUAGAGAUAAAACGCCCCCGACCAUCACAUGUAUCACUCCGCAAACAUACUAUGCUGAACGAGGUAGAACGUCUACAACAGUAAAGUGGCAUGUUCCAACUGCAGUCGACGAUAUAGACCCCUUCCCAACAGUUGUAAAAACUGAAGGUCCAGCUUUGGGAACAAGAUUAGAAGUUGGGAGAAAUAUUGUAAAAUAUAAGGCAGUUGAUGCUGAUGGGAACGAAUCACCAGAAUGCUUUAUUGAACUCCAUGUAGAAGAAAUAGCGUGCGAUCAUCCAUCAGACUUUUUUGAAGACACAUUUUUAGUAUUUAAUUGUUCGCUGCCACGAUAUGUUUACGGGGUAUCGUGUACACUUUCAUGUGAUGCACAUCUGCCGCUAGAGGGCGCGAAUCUAGUCAAAUGUGAGGCCGACGGCAUAUCAAAUGGGGUAUGGAACUGGACAACAGAAGUGAAGCCACAUUGUAAAGAAAUCGCCUGUCCUGACCUAGAUCCACCAAUCAAUGGAGCACUUGUUUAUGACACGAUACUAACGCGUCCUAUGUAUACAAUGAUGUGUAACGAAGAAUUUGAUAUACCGGUCAUUGGUUCGAACUUUCAAGGCGUAUUCUUCUGUACAGACGAUGGAGAUUGGACCCCGUUUACAAAUGUACCGGACUGUAUAGAGCCAAGAAAUCCCAAAUCGUUGCAUCUGCCGGCUAAGCUAUACUACUUCAGCGGAGAAUGUGGAUCAGAUACAACUAUGGCCCAAAUUGAAAAACAAUUUAAAGAUAUUUUAGAAUCUGAUCUCAAUCCGUAUUUCGAGAUCAUUUGUCCACCCGGAAAAACUUGCGAAGCAGAAGAUGUCAAAAUUAUAUGUGGACCGAUUCAAGAUCGAAAGAAAAGAUCGCUUUCGUUGGAAUAUAAAAGUGGACAUCAACGCCUACGAAAUAACACUGCAGGACAGAUAGCUGAACACGUGCACGUCAUGCAGAAACACUCAACUCACACACAUCUGCUCGUUUUAGAGUUCCAUAUUGUCAUGGAAUUAAAGGUAGACAAUACAUCACUCCGAGAUGCGAUUUUAGAAUACAGCGAUAUGCAGCUGAAUAUUUUGAAACCUGCAGUGCAAGACAUGAUCAACAACGGAACAUUUGAUGUGCGAGGUUUUGACCUGAAGAAAGACUCAUUUCAGACUCCGAAGUCUGGGGACGUCAAGUGUCCUCCCGGACAUAAGCUGCAUCAGUUAAAGUGUAAACCAUGUCCUCUUGGAUAUUUCCUAAACGAAACAGCAAGCAAAUGUCAACUGUGUUCAGUCGGCCAGUACAAGGACAACGAGAGUGACAUUUACUGUACAUCAUGCCCCUCUGGAUACUCGACAAAGAAAGCCGGGUCAAAGUCACAGGCUGAUUGUAGCAAACUCUGCAGUCCCGGAACGUAUUCUCCGGAUACCAUGGAGAGUUGCUCCCCCUGUCGCCAUGGCUACUAUCAGGACGAAUACGGUCAAACGUCGUGUAAACUAUGUCCUUCUGACACAACAUCUGUAUCAGUGAACAGUACAUCCGUCACUGCAUGCAAAAGAGCAACUGAUAAGUGUUUGUCGUCGCCAUGUAAUGGUCAUGUGUGCACCAAUGGAGAGAACAAUUUCACAUGCACCUGUCAGGAUGGUUGGUCUGGUAGUACAUGUACGGUGCCGCCAGAUUUCUGUAUAAACAAUUUAUGUGAAAAUGGCGCGACUUGUAUCAGCGGAGAGACAAAUUACGAGUGCACUUGCUUACCAGGAUACAAUGGGACAUUUUGUGAAAUUCAACCCGUGAACGGCGACUGGUCAGGCUGGACGUCAUGGUCAGAAUGUUCAUUGUCCUGUGGAUCUGGUACAAGAAACCGAACACGCCAGUGUGACAGCCCACCGCCAGAUACAUACGGUACUGAUUGUAUAGGAGACCAAAUUGAAACAACAGCUUGUAAUGUUGAAAGUUGCCCAGUUUGCAAAGAAUUUGAGAGAAAAUAUGGAACCCGACUUAACUGUUCUACAGACUUAAUGACGGGAACUGAGAAAUGUUUAUUAUAUUGUGAAAAAGAUAAGUUUCUACCUCCUGGAUUAAUGGAGUUCCAGUCGUACACAUGCGGACCCAGCACUAAUUACAUGUGGGAUUCUUUAGACAAUCCUCCAGGCUGUGUUGAUCCAGUUGGGCCGGACAAUGUUAAUAUCACAGUAAAUGUGGACUAUACGUCAUCAAUUCCUGACAAUGCUAGUAAAUCAUUCGAGGAUAUAAUUGGUGAUCAAAUAUCAUCUGUGCCAUGCUACAACUCCCCUAACUGCCUAAUAAGCGUAGAAAUAAAGCAAUUUAGUAUGUCCCUUUCUUUCAAUAUUCCACUUCACCUUGGGCCAGACAUACAGUACGAAGAUUACAUUUCAACUGGUACAGGCAAGUCAUGUAUUAUUCCUUUAUUACAUACAGCAAGUGGUGCACUGAAAGAACUUAUCGACGCGAUUAGUUUUCUUGAAUUGACGGCCCAGUAUAUACAGAAUAAUACCAAUGAGUUAUUUGACGUCAAUGUAAGUGGUGUGACGUAUACUGCUGACGUCGACAGUCUUACAUUUGGAGCGAGAGUCACAUGUAACAGCGGUUUUGUGCCUCUGGACGGGAUAUGUAUUGCAUGUCCGUCUGGCACGUAUUCAGCUAAUGGAGUGUGUAAUUUUUGUGAGAAGGCGACAUAUCAAGCAAGCACAGGGCAAAUAUCUUGUUUACCAUGCCCAGAUGGUCAGACAACUAGCACAAUAGGUUCAUCAGACAUGCAUCAAUGUACAGAGAUGAUCAGCGAAAGUACAGGAACAGACGCAGAAACUACAAUUUCUACGAUGAAAUCUCAUGAACACCAUGAUAAUGAUCAUUUUGAUUUUGAUAGGAGCAUUGUAUUUAUAGCAAUCGGAAUUUCAACAGUAGCUCUCGUUGUGGUUCUAUUUAUUGCAGAUAGGAGCAUUGUAUUUAUAGCUAUCGGAAUUUCAACAGAAGCUCUCAUUGUGGUUCUAUUUAUUGCAGAUAGGAGCAUUGUAUUUAAAGCUAUAGGAAUUUCAACAGAAGCUCUCAUUGUGGUUCUAUUUAUUGCAGACAGGAGCAUUGUAUUUAUAGCAAUCGGAAUUUCAACAGUAGCUCUCGUUGUGGCUUUACUGCGGUUGUUAUUAUCCUUUACAGGGAAGUUCAGGUAG